AUGAGCGCGUGCAUUCCUGCUGCGGGUGGUGGCGGUGGUGGCGUGGUACGGGCGCUGGUGUUGCGACGCAUGCAUGUUGCCCACCUGCAGCAGCGCCAUAGUUUCAAAUUCAACCCCUGCUGGUGCCAGCUGCGUGCGUGCAGCAAAGGCUUGGCAUCGGUCCCAGCAGGAAAACUGCCGCGCGACGCCAUUGCGUUGUUCCACUCACCCUGCAGCAGUGCAGCAACAAAUGCAGCCGACAUAACCAUCGUGACGGAUGAGUUGGCUUUCAACCAGCUGCUCGCGGAGGUGCUCAGGCGCGACGCUGAGGGUGUCAACGGCGUCGUGCGUGACUUGCAGCGUGUAUUGAAACAGAAACGCGAGGAACUCGCCCCGCUGCUAGCCGCCAAGAACCGCAUUGAUGCCGUAGUCGAUGGGCGCUAUGUCCCGCUUCUGCGCUUUCUCACGCUGAUCUUUCUUCUUGUGCAGUUCGCCGUGCUCUUCCGCUGGGUCUUCGUUGUGUUCGACUGGAACCUUGUGGAGCCGAUGACGUAUUUUCUCGGCUACACUGUUGUUUGGUUGAGCAUUGUCUUCCAUUGCCACUACACGCGGGAGAUGACGUGGGAGGCGAUGGUCGACGUGGUAGCGCAGCGGCGUCGCGCACGGCUGUACCACAAUGCGGGGAUUGAUGCAGUGGCACUGGCGCGCAUGCAGCAGAAGGUGCAGACCAUCGAAGCAGUACUGUCAAGAUACUGA